UAAAUUGUGGUGUUACUCAUUUAAAAAAUGACAGUUUAUUUUAAAACCUAUGUCCGUCAAUAUGAAGUCUGUUUUCUGCGUAGUAUUUUUCUUUGCCACUUUUAUUACUUUAUCCUCUGCUGCUGUUGGCUAUGGCUAUUUCAAUGAUCCUGCAAACCCAGGUAAAUGCACAAUUAAAAAUUUAAUACUUUCUCCUGGUGAAGAGGCAAAGGAUCCUGAGGGUGAAUGUACACGAAUUGUAUGUAGAAAUGAAGGCUUGGCUCAAAUGCAAUCGACACACAAAAUAAUCUUUUUGUUAACAAAUACCAACUUUCGGUAUAAAAUUCGUUGCUACUUGUUUAAAAAUCGACAGUUUAUUCUAAGAUCUCUAACCAUCAAUAUGAAGUCUAUUUCGUGUGUUGUAAUUUUUUUCACAGCUUUUAUCACUUUAUCUUAUGCUGCUGUUAGCUUUGAUAAUUACUUAAAUCCAGCAAAUCCAGGUAAAUGUACAUUGAGUAAUGGCAUAAUUCUUUCGCCUGGUGAAGAAGCAAAGGAUCCUAAUCAGGAUUGCGCUCGAAUUGUGUGUGGAGAUGAGGGCAUGGUUCAAAUCCAAUCAUGUGGGGCUGUAGAAUAUCCAGUUGGGUGCUCCGCAGGAGAUUAUUUAGAUAUUUCCCUUCAAUACCCAGAUUGUUGUGAACGUGAAGCAUCUUGUCUACAACUUUAAAUACAAUAUAUUUUUAUGUGAAUCUAUUCAUUAAGGAUUUUUUUACCUGAAUAAAUAAAAAUAAAAUUACGAGUAAUUAA